AUUUCUUCUUUCCUUUUUCCCCGGGGGAACACGCGGCGCGACAGCAGGGACUGGCCACACGACCGGAGGGUGUGCACUUCCCUUCCUCCAUGUGUGGGAAGGAUUGGAGAUUGUCUUGUUUCUCUUCGGAGAAGGAGGUAGAGGAAGGCGUUUGCCUUCCUUGUUUGUGCACCUUUGGGGUGCAUGAACAGACAGACUUGGUGAGGACAGACGGAAGCCUGGGGGCUUCCUCUCUUCUUUUCCCCUUUACUCCACGGGAAACACUACCGUGGAGGGACAACCAGGGAGAUGGUGUGGGAGAAGGAUGCAGGGGCGGAGGAGACGAGCCCUGAGCCACGGGAGGUGGGGAGACAUUUCGUUGGACUAACCCAGAGGGUAUGGGACCGUCUGGAACAGGUUGAGAAGGGGGAUCCUGCUGUCCGCUCGGGCGUCCUCGGAGAGCUGCAGGCCAUGUUGGAUCAUGUGUCGGCGUUAUGUGCUCAGCCAGGGUCUGAGUGCGUUUCUUCUUCUGCGGAGCGGCUGUUGUCUACUUCGCUUCUGCGCUGGGCGCGGGACCACGAGUGGGCUUUGGAUAGUCGACCCGGUGUCUCGAUCCCCCUCGAUCGAGAGGCUAUGUACAGGGACUUCCUUGUGUGCACGGCGGCAUACACUCUUUCGGCCAUGACGAUGGUGGAGCAGCGCGGUGUUACGGAGGCGGAUCUUCUGGGUGAGCGCGUCGCGGGUGUUCUGCGGGGCGGUAGCUCCUCUUGUCCUGGGUGCUGGAGGCACUCGUCGUCUGACCCGGUGGGCCGGUUGGAGGACCUGCGACACUUAUUCGAUGCACACUGCACGCAGAGGCAGUGGCACCUGGCCAGCAUGGCCUAUGCUUUGAUGACCAUACGGAUGGUUGCCAAGAUUCUUCAUUCCACUGAGGUGGAGGCCGGAGCAGGGCUGCUCUUUCGUUGGCUUCACAGAUCAACUACUGGUGCGCAGAUGGCGUGCACCAAGAACCAGGCGGGGUCUUUACCAACAGUGUAGGUGGCAGACGAGUGACGCGGGGGCUGUGCCGAGUUUCAUGUGUAGUGCAUCACGCGAUAGCAUGAGUGAAAAGAACAGAGUGAUGGAACCAGACAAACAAUGAAUGAAAUGAACAAAUGAACUGGAA